GUCAAAACACAUUCCAUUGUUGUGAUAUCGACAGAGCAAUCGUUUGCACUAAUUGCACCAGCACAUCACGUUUUGUAUCAAGUGUCAAGACGAGCGAAUAGUCUUCAUCAUCGCCUCAUUAUAAAAAAAAAACGUGGAAAAGUCCGCACAUUGUUCGGAGACACUCACAAUAAUUCAAAUCGAUUCAUUGGAUACAGUCGACCUUUGGUGUGUUUUACAAUUGGUUGUACGCAGCCAUAAAAAUGUCGUCGUCGCCACCAUUGGGUUCGUUUGGUGACCAAUUGUUGUGUCCCGUGUGCUUUGAAAUGUUCGAGGGGCGAAUUUUGCAAUGCAGCCAAGGACACUCGGUAUGUGAAGGAUGUGUAAAGAAAAUCAAUCGCAAUCUCAAUCACAACGAGUGUCCCCAGUGCCGUGGCGCAUUUGUCGGUACACGUAAUUACAUUUUGGAAGAAAUGGUGAAACAGCUGAAGCAACUUAAGGCAUCGGUUAUGAUCAAGAAGACAGAUAAGACAGACACAGCUGGCACUAGCGACCAAAAUGCCAACAAAGUAUCGAAUGAACAAGACAGCGAUGGCGACGAUAUUGACGAUGCUAAACUUACAAAAGCCAUCGCCACACUGGUAGCAUCCAUUCCAAAGCCAUCGAAACGCGAUCCAACCACGUCUGAUCUACAUGAUUCACCACCCCGGCAACGCCAACGAUCGGAGUCGCCACUGCCAGAAUUGCUACUUGAGUUGCAACCAACAACAAGUGGUCCUCCUCAACCACGUGGUUUCUUUUCUUGUCGCAUCUGGAAUUGCGAGGAUAAAGUGCCUAUUUGCCGUAUGCUCAACCAUGUUCGCACUUUUCACAAGGAUCGUUUGACCGAGCACCGGUUGCAAGGUAACGACGAUGAAUUUCUCAUGCAUUACACAUUUAAAUGCAAGAAUUUCCGUCAGUGCAUCCGCAUCGCUCAGUAUGGUCUAUUCUUUUUGGUUGUCAAUGUGCAUCGUGAUGAGAAUAAAACCACCAUUACUUCAUGGGUACAAUGUGUUGGUCGUAGCAAUGAAUGCAAACUCUUCACAUUCAAUUUGCAAAUGCGAAUUGGUAAUGCUAUCGCUCAUUUCACGGAUUAUACAUAUGGUGAAUCAUCGGAGGCAACUUACAUCGAAUUGAAGAAGCAAUGCUUGCACCACGAAACAAACUUGCCGUUGAAGCGCAUCAAGGAUAUCGCUGUUGAUGUCAAGAUCUCAAAAUCAACGGGCGAACGAACUGGACGUCGUCGCACCACCACCACCGUCGUGCCAAUUAGUAACUAAAAAAACUGCCAGGCUAAAAAAUCUUUCAAGAAGCCAAUACAAACUCCUUAAGCAAACCGCUUAAAGACUUUUAACAACGUUACCAUUCGAUGUAAUUCUUAAAACAACCACAACAAACAAAUAAAUCUCGCUCGCCGUAGUUACACAUCAUUUUUAGGACUAUCGAUCACUUUCGUUUCAGCAAAUCAGAGAAAAAUAGCUACAGACUGACAGCAAUUCUAAAUUCUAAGUUCUUUUUGUGACUUGAACGAAUUUUUUAUAUCUCUUCAUGAAAUUUUAGAUGAAUAAUUAUCAUCAAUUCAAUAUAAUCAAACAACAUUUUUGCCAAUUGUUUACAUUUAAGUUUAUCAUUUACCCUCGGCUGUCGAGGUACGUUUAGUUAAGAUAACUCGAACCGAAAUUAAAAAAAAACCACAAAUAUUUUUUUGUAAA